GCCUAGGUGCACGCUCACGUUGGAGCGUCCGUGACCAAGGUCUCAUGCUGCCACUUGCGGCUAAGGAUCUAGGGCGGAACAGCGGAGUCCCGAGGCUGGCCACGCACAGGUGUCCCUCUGCUGGGGCUCAAGGGGCGCCAACCUCUGCUCCCUGCUAUUCCACCUCCUCCAAGGGUGGAGCCCGGCCGCCCCGCCUGCACACCUCCAGCUAUACAGGUGGCUGGGCAGGGCCAGAAAACAAAGGCACAGGAGCAACACCUUUAAAAAAAAGUCCUCCUGCCUCGACAGCUCGCUCUCCAGUCGCAGGAAGCCCUCGGAGCCGCCAACAUGGGAAUGUCCCAAACACGGAGCUGCUUUGGUUACCCCCUGAGCAUAUUCUUCAUCGUGGUCAAUGAGUUCUGCGAAAGAUUUUCCUACUAUGGAAUGAGAGCACUCCUGAUCCUGUACUUCACACAGUUCAUUAAAUGGGACGACAAUCUGUCUACUGCCGUCUACCACACAUUUAUUGCUCUGUGCUACCUGACACCGAUUCUCGGUGCUCUCAUUGCCGACUCCUGGCUGGGAAAGUUCAAGACAAUUGUGUCACUCUCCAUUGUCUACACAAUUGGACAGGCAAUCACUGCAAUAAGCUCAAUUAAUGACCUCUCAGACUCUGACCACGAUGGAACCCCUGACAACAUUGCUGUACACGUGGCGCUGUCCAUGAUUGGCCUGGCCCUGAUAGCGCUAGGUACUGGAGGAAUCAAGCCCUGUGUGUCUGCAUUUGGUGGAGAUCAGUUUGAGGAGAGCCAGGAAAAACAAAGAAACCGAUUUUUUUCCAUCUUUUACUUGGCCAUUAACGCUGGAAGUUUGCUUUCUACUAUCAUCACUCCCAUUCUCAGAGUUCAAGAAUGUGGAAUUCAUAGUAGACAAGCUUGUUACCCACUGGCCUUUGGGGUUCCUGCUGCUCUCAUGGCUGUAGCUCUAAUUGUGUUUGUCAUUGGCAGCGGAAUGUACAAGAAAGUUCAGCCCCAGGGCAACAUCAUGGGUAAAGUCGCCAAAUGCAUUGGUUUUGCCAUCAAAAACAGGUUUAGACAUCGGAGUAAGGAAUUUCCCAAAAGGGAGCACUGGCUGGACUGGGCCAAAGAGAAGUAUGAUGAGCGGCUUAUCUCUCAAAUUAAGAUGGUUACCAGGGUGAUGUUCCUGUACAUUCCACUCCCGAUGUUCUGGGCCUUGUUUGAUCAGCAGGGCUCGAGGUGGACACUGCAAGCAACAACUAUGAAUGGGAAAGUUGGACUUAUUGACAUUCAGCCGGAUCAGAUGCAGACUGUGAACGCCAUCUUGAUCAUCAUCAUGGUCCCCAUCGUAGAUGCUGUGGUGUAUCCUCUGAUUGCAAAAUGUGGUCUCAAUUUCACCUCCUUGAAGAAGAUGACAGUUGGAAUGUUCCUGGCUUCCAUGGCUUUUGUGGUGGCUGCAAUUGUGCAGGUGGAAAUUGAUAAAACUCUUCCAGUCUUCCCCAAAGAAAACGAAGUCCAAAUUAAAGCACUGAAUAUAGGAAAUGAUAACAUGACUAUAUUUUUUCCUGGAAAGACGGUGACACUUGACCAACUAUCUCAUACAAAUGAAUUUUUCACUUUUGAUGUGAACACACUGACAAGUAUAAACAUUUCUUCUAAUGGAUCACCAGUCGUGCCAGUAACGUAUGAGUUUGAGGCAGGCCAUCGCCAUACCCUUCUAUUGUGGGCUCCCACCUCUUACCGAGUGAUUAUUAUCAUUCUUUUUGGAAUCUUGUACCAGCCUGAGACAAAUGUCAGAUUUGUAAAUGCUUUGAACUACAGCCUCAGCAUCACAGUGGAUGGGAAAAAUUAUACAGAUAUCACCAGUAACAACGCCAGCAAGUAUCAGCUCUUACCUUCUGGCGAAAAAAACUUCACACUAAUCUCAGCAGGGAUUCCAGAAAACUGUAAAAAAUCUUUUAAAACAGAGCUUGGAUUCGGUAGUGCAUAUACCUAUGUAAUCAGAACACAGGAUGGCUGCCCUAAAGAGAAAGAAUUUCAAGAUAUUUCACCGAACACAAUUAACAUGGCUCUGCAAAUCCCACAGUAUUUCCUCAUGACCUGUGGCGAGGUGGUUUUCUCUGUUACUGGACUGGAGUUCUCAUAUUCUCAGGCUCCUUCCAACAUGAAGUCAGUGCUUCAAGCAGGAUGGCUGUUGACAGUGGCAGUUGGCAACAUCAUCGUGCUUAUCGUGGCAGGAGCAGGCCAGUUCAGUGAACAGUGGGCCGAGUACAUUCUGUUUGCUGCGUUGCUGCUGGUUGUUUGCAUCAUCUUUGCCAUCAUGGCUCGAUUCUAUACUUACAUCAAUCCAGCAGAGAUUGAAGCUCAGUUUGAUGAGGAUGAAAAGAAAAAGAACCUGGAAACCCCAUAUGGCAAAAUAGAUCCCGUCUCACAGACACAGAUGUGAAUGUCAGCAAGCAAGUGGAGGAUGGACUGGGCCCAGACUAUGCCCUCACUUCUUUCCCCAGGGGGCAGGACACUGUUGGAUGGCCCCCAAUGGGAAAGACUUCAGAACUGUAAACCACACCAAGAAAGCAAUUUUAUAAGCAACCACCAACAGUUGCUUAGAAGCAAACUAAAAUUCUAGGAGAAAUCUUAUUUUUUUUAAAGAGAAAUCUUAUUUAAAGUAUGCAUGCAUGCGGACGUGUGUGCAUGUGUGAGCGUACACACACACACACACACACACACACACACACACACACAUUUACAAUGGUGCAUACCCUGCAUUUAACUCCUUUCCUACCACACAAAUGAAGUUAUUUUGGACUAACAAUUUUUUAAAGGUUGACCAAGUUUUAUAUUGUUUGCAUUCUAACACUCUGUGAAACAAUCUUAAACGAAGCAGGAAACAAUGUGGAAGUGAAUUUAUAGGCUUUCAGAUGAUACAUAAUAAAGUACCAGCUAGUAUUAGCUAAUACCUUUACUUUUUGUUUUUUGUUUUGUUUUUCCAGUCCCUAUCUCUUUUUAAAUUAUGUGUAACUCAAAAGACCACUCAGGUAAAAGCCAGUAAUUAUUUUUGGAGUUUUAAUAAUAUGAAAUAAAUUCCCGUUCUUAAGCAUAAGUGUCUGUGUGUUUUUGGGUAAGGUAAGAAAUCCUUAACGUGUUUCCUAGCUAUUAAA